UAUAAGGGUGUGUAAUCCAUAAAAUGUUAUCAUUUCCCAUUCAAAAAAUUUUGCGACUUUGUUAUACAAAGUUUCUACACAUAUAACUGUGACAGUUUGGUAGUCUUAUUAAAAUUCAUUCAAGUCUUUUCAGAUACGUCACGCUCUUCAACAGUAAAACUUUACUAAUAACCCUUCCUCGCAUCAUAUAUUAUUAAUUACCCUUCUGUCUCUGUUUCUCUGCAAUUCUGAUCCAUGAACCAUUUCUUUGUUUCUUUCUCUGUCUUCAUAAGUAAAAAGCUUUAACCCUACACCACUACUUGUUUGCUUUUUUCACUUUUCUUCACAUUCCUUAUCUACAAAUUCUGCUCAGGGUAUUUAAUACCCUUGUCUCAGAUUUUCGGGAGCCAUUAUUGUUAUUUUUUUCCCUUUAAAAGCUUCAACCCGGCCCACUUCUUGUAAGGCAGAACCAAAACACUAGAACCGGUCCUUUCUGGGUGAAGCAAGUUCUUUGUUUUGAUUUAAGAAUCCAAAUAUGGAUGAAUAUUGGAAGAGAAGUGGUGGAAUACCGGCUUUUGGGAACUGGGAUUUUGCAAACGAGUUGCCGAUAACUCAGUAUUUCGAGAAUGCGAGACAAGCUGGUUUGAUUCGUUACAGUUCUUCCUCCGGUGAAACUGAUCCAUACGUGUGUGGAGAUGAUCACGACCUCUAUGCCGUUGAUUUAAAGAAACCAGCUCGAAAGCAGGCGAGGAGAAUAAAAGAUACAAGGUACGCGAAUGCAAUGGUUCAUCAUAAACAAACAACUGUAACAAAACAGUGGAAAGUGUACGAUGUAAAGGAACAUCCUAGGAAACAGACAAUGAACAACAACAACAAGGUGUUACUACAUGUAAACGACGUCGUUCGUAGUGGCGAUAAUCAGUUAGCUUCAAAACAAGAUCCAAAACCAGUGGAUGAAGAUCUAUAUAAGAUCCCUCCUGAGCUUCUUCGUACAACCAAACGGAAAAAGAUGUUGGGCUUCAUUUCCAAAUGUCUGGUACCUGCUGCUUGCGUUUCAUGAGUCACAAUGUCUCAACUCAAACAUAGCAAGCCAAUCAAGUUUUCUUUUAAUUUUGAUCGACAAGCACUUUUCUGAAUGCAAUAUUUAAUGUUAGUAUUUUUAUAUUUAAUUAUUGUAACUUGUUAGGUUAAUUUAAAUUUUAAAUAUAGUAGUGUGACCAAAGAAAAGUUUCUAAUGGUGUUGGUUGUGUC